AUGUCGUCUGAACCUACGCCCAGAGCUCCUGCACCCGCGUAUGAUGAAGCAGAGAAGGGUGCUCUACCUGACAUCCACUCUCGGCCCAUCGAAGUCACGUUCAAGGACGAGAAGAAAGAUCUUACGGUCGCUCAAGUCAUUCCCGUGCCCGAGAAGAAGGAUACCCCGGCGCCCCCUCCUGCUAAGCCUGCUGGCAAACCAGCGAAGAGGAAUGUCCCUAAAUGGAUCAUUUGGGUCCUUUGGUACGAUAUGUAUCGGAAGCUCUUCACGAUCACGUUUUCCGUGAACAUCAUCUUGUUCGGUUUCGCUGUGUCGGGCCACUGGCCGUAUGCCUACAGAUAUGGCGGCGCCAUGGCUAUCGGCAACUUCAACGUCUCCGUCCUCGUACGGAACGAGAUCUUCGGGCGGUGCUUGUACGGCUUUGUGAACGCAUGCUUCGCAAAGUGGGCACCGUUGUGGUGGCGGCUGGGCUGCACGUCUGUCUUGCAGCAUCUGGGUGGAAUCCACUCCGGUUGCGCCGUCUCUGGUGUGAUCUGGCUGACUCUGAGAACCGUCCAUGUAUACGUGGACCAUGCCAUCUACCCCAACGCACUACUGGCCUGGGCAGUCAUAGCGAACCUCUCUCUCUUCAUUACGAUGGUUGCUGGCUUCCCAUGGGUACGUAACUCUCAUCACAAUGUGUUCGAGCGUUGGCAUCGUUUCAUGGGCUGGACCGGUCUCUUUUCGUCCUGGAUCUUCGUUCUUCUAGGGGAUCUGUACAAUGAACCGACAAGGACAUGGAACCUGAACGGCGUUCACAUCGUGCGGCAGCAGGACUUCUGGUAUGUGAUGGGCAUGACUCUCUGGAUCGUCCUUCCUUGGAUCUGCACGCGGCGCGUGAAGAUCGACAUCGAGCUGCCAUCCAACAAAGUCGCAGUCAUUCGUUUUGAACGUGGGAUGCAGCAAGGUCUCUUGGGUCGUGUCAGCAGGAGUGCUGUGAAGGAAUAUCACGCCUUCGGUAUCAUUUCAGAAGGCCCGCAUUCCAAGUAUCAUUACAUGGUGUGCGGUGUCCAAGGUGACUUCACGCGGAGUCUUGUCAACGAUCCUCCGCAAUACAUAUGGACGCGAGAGCUGAAGUUGGCUGGUGUCUCGAACACGUCGAAGCUCUACAGGCGGGGCAUUCGUAUUUGCACGGGAACUGGUAUUGGUGCAGCCCUAGCGACCUGUAUUCAGUCGCCUUACUGGUACCUCAUCUGGAUCGGCUCAGACCAGGAGAAGACGUUCGGGCCUACGAUCAGCGGUCUGAUCAACAGGAACAUCGAGCCUGAACGAUAUCUCCUCUGGGACAGUAAGGUGCGAGGAGGUCGGCCUGAUACACGGAAGAUCCUGAGGGAGGUGUACCACUCCUAUAAGGCUGAAGGCGAGUCUCUUCGGUGCCUCGUGUUCAUCACCUCCAAUAUGCAAGGAAACUCCGAGAUGAUGCAAGCGUGCAAGAUGGAGAAGAUUCCGUGCUUCGGAACGCUCUGGGACUUCGUGAGUGUAAAAGCUCUUCAGGAUAGCAAGAUAUUGACUGCAAACGACAAUUCAGUGAUUAUGCGCUGCCAUGACACCACGAUUCUCUUAGACGUCAUUCCUUACUACGAUAUAUAG